AUGAGUGGAAUCUCUUCUACUCUAUUUUAAGCCAUAGUUAGUUAAUAAAUUAGGUACAUUAAUAUAAUUAUUUUUAGAGUUUGGGGUUCCUUUCAUAUUGGGACAAUCGGUUAUGCCUUAUAUUUGCAAUAAUAAAUUUUUUGUAAAUAUAAAAUAUUACAAACAACAAAAGAGUUCUGUAUAAUAAUAAUUAUAAUUUUAUCUUGAUCUUCAAGUGAGUCAUGAUUACGGUCUCACUUUAAUCAAAGUAGCUAUUGUAUUAUCUGUUAUGUAUAUUACAAGUUUAAAUUUCACGGAAUUUUAAUGAUUGGAUCUCUAUUAUUUGGGGUUUAAUGCAAGAUAUUGGGGUAAUACUUUUCAUAUGAGUAAAAAAAACAACAAUAAUUACAAUUAACUAAGAGCACUAAAUAAACCUAAUUGGCUAAAUAUAUUUAUUUAUGUGCCUCAAUUAUUAUCAUCAGUAUAGAAUUGAUUGUAUUUUUCCUAUUAAAAAAUCUUAUCAAAAUUUGA